AGCGUUCAAGCAUUCGGUUUGCUAGAAGCUAAUCACUUGGCCACUGACUGCCCAAGGUUGGCUGGUAGACUUAUUCAUCCAGCUGUUUGUCGUGUGCAUCAUUGGACAAAGAGGAAUAUGGAUCCCAGGUGGAGCUACUGGACUGGUCCAAACAGCACUGGCGAAGCAGGAGUAAGUGCUCCCCAAACCAAGAUCUUGGAACAGCGAGAGCUGCCUGUGCUUUUGGUUAAUGAGGUGGGCAGUGUACAUGGUGUGCUGGAAGCUCAUGUGGAAUUCUUGAAGAAACACUUUCACCUUAUCACCAUGAAGGAAUUUCUCAAAAACAAAAACCAUUGGAGCAAAAAGGUCCAAGCUAUUUAUUUGUGGUGGCACAAACCAAUCAUUAACCGGGAACUCCUUGAGAGCCUGCCUGACUUGAAGGUGAUUGCAAAUUCAGGUGUAGGAAUGGAUCACUUGGAUCUGAAACUAAUCUCUAGCUUUGGAGUGAAAAUGGCUAAUGCUCCACAUGCUGUUUCCAGCUCCACAGCAGACACCGGAAUGGCUUUGCUGCUGGCAUCUGCUAGAAGACUGGUGGAAGGCUGUCAGAUUGCAGUUUCCCCAGACACUGCGUGUUUUGCUGCUGACUGGCUGGGAGAUGAAGUCAAUGGGGCUACUCUUGGUAUCAUUGGAAUGGGCAGAAUUGGGUAUAAGGUUGCACUGAGGGCCAAAGCUUUUGAAAUGAAAAUUCUGUAUCACAACAGGAACCGGAGAACUGAGGAAGAAGAACAGGCUGUUGGUGCCAUUUAUUGUACAAAGAUAGAAGACUUGCUCCAGCAGUCAGAUUUCGUGAUGCUGGUCAUGAGCCUGACACCACAGACACAUAAACUGUUUGGGAAGAAGGAGUUAGAGCUGAUGAAACCCACUGCUACUCUCAUUAACAUCAGCAGAGGUCCAGUAGUAGACCAAGAUGCAUUGGUGGAAGCUCUUCAGACUGGUGUUAUCAAGGCUGCGGCUUUGGAUGUCACCUACCCUGAACCACUGCCCAGAGAUCAUCCAUUAUUAAAACUAAAGAACAUUCUCAUAACUCCUCACCUUGGCAUUAAAACAGACAAGGCCACUCGCAUGAUAACAGAGGAAGCAGUUGCAAAUAUACUGGCAGCUCUUAAUGGUCUCCCUAUGCCCAAUGAAGUGUUUCCCUAG